AUGGAGGUUUUCGCUGCUAAACCAGACUCUACCAAUACGGAAAUCUUGCGCAUGAGAAAUUCGAUUCUCGUCAAAAGAAAUAUCAAGAAGAAGAAGAAAGAAUUCUUAGAAGACGAAAAAGUCUUGGUAGGUAACAAAAUUAGCGAGGGACAUGAAAACUUUGUGAUGGCAUACAAUAUGUUGACAGGAAUAAGAGUUGCCGUAUCAAGAUGUUCAGGAGUAAUGAAAAAAUUAAAUGAUGAUGACUUUAAAACGACAAAAAAGUUGUCAUUUAACAUGGACGGCAGUGAAUUGACACCUUCUUCCAAAUAUGAUUUCAAAUUUAAGGACUAUUGCCCUGAAGUAUUCAGAGAGUUAAGAUCGUUAUUUGGGUUGGAUCCUGCUGACUAUUUAGUAUCGAUUACUGGAAAGUAUAUUCUAUCCGAAUUAGGUUCUCCUGGUAAAUCAGGUUCUUUUUUCUACUAUUCAAGAGAUUACAGAUUCAUUAUUAAGACUAUUCAUCACUCUGAACAUAAGCAAUUGAGGAGAAUCUUGAAGGACUACUACGAACAUGUGAAGGAGAAUCCAAACACCUUAAUUUCACAGUUUUAUGGCUUGCAUAGAGUGAAAAUGCCCUUCAAUAAAAGCGGCAUUAGAAAGGUCCAUUUUGUGGUUAUGAAUAAUUUAUUUCCUCCUCAUAGGGAUAUACAUCGCAAGUUUGACUUGAAGGGCUCAACUUGGGGAAGAAUAACGAAGCUUGACCCAACGAAGGAACAAAAUCUUGCUCAAUAUACUCUAAAGGAUGUAAAUUUCCUUGAUAGACAUGAAUCUAUCAAAUUUGGUCCCCAUAAGCGAAAGCUAUUCUUUGCACAAUUAGAGGCAGAUGUUGCUCUAUUAAAAAAGAUAAAUGUUAUGGAUUAUUCAUUGUUACUUGGGGUUCAUGACGUCAAAAAAGGAAAUACUUUCGAGCUAUCUCAGAAAUUGUCCGUUUUUGAUCCCAAAUCUAAUGACAAAUCGAUAUUAAUUAAUACCAAUCCUAGAGAUAUUGAUCGUGAAUUCGACUUACCUAGCAAUGUUUUCCCUGGGCGUUCCAAGUAUGUCUUCUAUGGACAUGAUGGUGGUAUUAGAGCAACGAAUGAAGAUAAUGAACCAAUGGGAGAAAUAUACUAUCUUGGAAUCAUAGAUUGCCUUACUAAUUACUCAAUUAAAAAGCGGUUAGAGACAGUUUGGAGAUCCAUUGGACAUACUCGAAGUACAAUAUCCGCUCUUCCCGCACAUGAAUAUGGAGAUCGAUUCUUGAAAUUCAUCAAAGUUGGAACCAGCAGUUCCAAAAAAAAGUCAUCAUAA